AUUCACCAAUGAAUCAAGAGAGAAAGAGAGAGAGAGAAAGAGGAGAUACCUUAAUGCGCCAUGUGACUUUUGCCCUGAAUCUGAGCCCUAACUUCCCAAUGGAGGUCGGGGUCGGAGACGGUGAAACAUACCCGAUUCAGCCGAAUAUCAAAGAAAAACAGAAACGGCAAGAAAGGGUCCAAUCACAGGCUCGGACCAGAAAAUCGACUUGACUCAUGCUUUAGGAAUUAUUCCAGGUAUU